AAACGGUGGGAAACAGUUCAUUGAUUGUAGAUGAUUAUCAUCCGAAAAGACCUCGAAAUAUAACGGUACGUUCACCUUCUAGCGAUGCAUAUAUAAAGACGCGAUUCACUUUCACUCUCGUUUAGUCAGAUUCGAAUGUUAUGUGUGCCUGUACGUCUUCUUCUUCUGGUAAUUGAGACGCAUUGCGUUAAGUUUCUGAAUUUAGAUAAAAAUGCGUGUCUCGUUAAUUUUCGUUGCGAUUGCAAUGACAGUCGCCGAGAACGAUGAAUCCUGGACUUGGAAUAAUGAUAAAGAAAAGACGAGUCGAUCCGCCGAUGUCAGAUAUGAAGUACACGAGCCCCCUGAACGUUUGGAUAGUUUCGAUAACGGCAUUCAGUUAGGAUUUAGACCUCAGAAUCCAGGCCCUUACGGUCCCACCGGUAGACCCCUCGUUCCGACAUACCAAGGCGGUAAUGGUGUCCUCGUAGGUCCCGGUGGACCAACGGGAAUAAUCGGCAGACCUCCUCGUUUUGAACCAAACGGGCCCAAUGGUAUUUUGAAUUCAGUACCGCCAUGGAUCAGAGAUGAUCCCCGUUAUCGCGAGUUCGACACUUGCAAGUGUAGAUACAGUUUUAAUUGUCCAUCGCCCGGCUUGAAAUUUGGUCACUGUGCGAGGGAGAAGAAGUACUGUUGUUUCAACAGCAAAAAAUUCCCAGGAUUGUUGGGAGAGCAUCAUUACCCAUAUUAUCCUGAAAUGCCGCACAAAUACAGACCAAAUGGUUUCGCGCCGGCAUUGAAUUAUUACGGUAAUCGAAGACCGUACAACGGUGGCUAUCAACAUUCGUCUUUCGAUAACUAUUAUUCGGAGCCCUAUAACAUUGGCGGUUAUGGUCAUCGUAAUGAGUUCGAGUCGUUACGACCAUAUGGCUACGAUUCGGAAUCUGACGAUUACGUGAUCUACGGGAGGUCAUUGAGUAAGAAUCAAACGCAGACGAAUGAGAAGUUAAAAAGUGACGAAUAAAUUUUUAUCGAUAUUUCUUUAUUCUCAAUGGUGAUGCCAAAGAUGAUGUAUGUGACCGAGAUGUAUAUAUACCUAUACGCACAUUAUUCACAUUGAGCGAUUGUAUGAUAUACAAAUAAGAACAUUGACACUUAAUACUU